AUGGAAUCCGCGAGAAAAGCUAAGAAUGAGGGGAAGAAUGAAGAAGAGUUCUUAGCUUUCAUCUACCAACGGCGGUCUGAAGGAACAAUGGCGGGUCAUUGGAGAAACGAUGCUUCAUUGAGCGCACUUGGACCAUUAUUUGUUUCAAUACUCAACUUCUUUUUCGUAACAUAUUUUACAAUGAACUGUUCUCGUAAGAAGGACUCGGAUAGAAAACGAAAGGAGGCUGGUCGGAAUGUGAAGACACCAACUUCGAAAAAUGAAUUCGGUGCCGGGAAGAAGGAUGAAAAACCAGAGGAUACGUUCGAUGACCAUGCCCCAAAAAAAGAGGAUGCUAAAAGAGCUAAGGAUAUCAAAGACGCUAAAGCUUUUAACGCUGGCGACUAUAAGACAUGGAAUAAGUUGAUGAAGGAAGAUGAUGAUUUUGAGAAGCCUCUCGCGAAAGCACCUGAGCAACAAGAAAAGGACGGCAAGAAAGCUAAGGAGCCGCCUAAAGAAAGUGGAGAUCGUGGUAAAGAAAGUACCAGUAAAGUUGCAGAACCAGUCAAAGAUAUCACUGAACCUGACGAAAAGGACAUGAAGAAAACACAAGAAAUCACAAUGCCUCAAAUAGGUCUCAUUUCCUACAUUUACAUGCUACUGAAUCGCAAUGACACGUUGCGGUUUAAGGAAGAGAGGUGCACAGCCGGACGCGAACUCUGCGGUGAUGUUCAUUCUGAAUUCGUGAAAGAGUACGAAUCAUCUAUCGGAAAGGUAUCACUAGAGGACGAGGAUUAUGGAGAGGUUUACAAAGAUAUGGAAACAGCGGAUAGUUUACGCGUAGCAGAACGUGAACUAUGCCCAGCACAUGAUCGGAUUUGGAGCGAAACGCAUGAUCAUCGUCCAAAAGUAUUACGAGCAGUGACGAGAGCGUUCAAUGCAGUAUUUGGCUUUUUCUAUAUCUUGUGCCCACCAUGGCCGCCAUGGGUCAUCCACAAAAUUGCUUUUCGGGCACCAUCACGUGGAGAGUACUAUUUUUUGGUUGGAGGCAAGAAAGGUGAUCGUCAUACAUUUUUCUCAGCUAAAGAAGCUGAAGGUUUUGAAAAUCUUGAGAUAUGUCUUCCUCAUUUGCUACGAAAAAAAGUGAAAGCUGUCGACAUUUAUUAUCACAUAUUGAGAUGUAAGCCGGUGAUUUUAAAAGUUUACGAUGAUGUACGGAUAUGUGCCAUGGAAGUGAUGUGCGAACAGACUGAAAAAUGGCUAAGAAGGGCUGAUUGUCGAAGAACCAGAUCACCGAAACUUAUCAUUUUUGCUCAACCGAACAGCUCCGACAUUGGAUGUUGCAUGCUUAUGGAUCCAAAUUUUGCAGAUAUAGCGGAUUUCUUAAAAUGCGAUAUGUUGGUGUUCGACUACGUUGGCUAUGGUGUCAGUGAUGGAGAGUCCACAGAAAAAUCAGUUUAUGAUAGCGUUGAAAGAGUGUACAACUAUGCAAUAGAUGAACUCGGUUAUGCUCCGAAAGAUGUUAUACUGAUUGGAUUCAGUUUGGGCACUGCUGCAAUGGUUCAUAUCGCUUCAAAAACACCAGAUCUCGGCGCUAUGGUACUUAUCGCCCCAUUCAUGUCGUUAUGGCGUGUGAUACUUCGCCGUCCAGACGUCACAUCUUCUUUAGAUAUGUUCCCAAGUUACGAUAAAGCGCUGAACAUUCGUUGCCCAACGCUUGUUUGCCAUGGAAAGGAAGAUUCUAUAGUGGAUCACCACCACGGUUUAGCGAUGAAAGAACGAAUAACAAACUGUGAACUGUUUUUAAUUCCUGCCACGCAUCAGGGAAUAUUUUGCGAACGGAAAAUGUGGGACGAUGUGCACAGAUUUUUACGCGAGAAAGCGAAAGUGGGAGAUGCCUGGAUCCAAGCUAUACAUGAAGCUUUCUCAGAAAUGUCCAGUACAAUGCAUACAUAG